CUUAUUACCGUAAUAAAUCUAGUUAUUCGGGACAAUGAAAAAUUACGAUUGCUCCGCCCACAACUUCCUGUGUCACAUGGAGUCAAAUUUGUCUCUCCAGUUCUUACCGGAUGAAACAAUCAUCAGGACAUUCUCAUUCCUGGACUCCAGGGACCUGCUAUUAGGACUCUCAUUAACGUGCAAGAGGUUCUACGAGAUUAUAAACAGCAUUUGGUACUGGAGGAGGCGUUAUAAAGAGAAUUACAGGGGGAAGGCCUUUCUUGGUUCCGUCAUUGGCGUCUCACGUGAUGAGGUUGAGGAGAUGAGAGAGAUGCAGAGGGGAGGGGUGUACGGGGAUUUCUUGAGGAGGGCGUGUCAGUUUGACUCGAAAUACAUGCACUUGGAAAUAUUGGCAGCUUCAUCAGGAGGGCUAGAUUGUGUACAUAUAGUCCAUCCUAAUAUAUCUGGUACCAAUACCCUGGUUGCAGCUGGUAGUCGGGAUCAAAGGAUUUAUCUAUGGAAGAAGAGAGACACUCAGUCCUUACCUUCAUCCUCCUCUCGCUCAAUGCGCCAAUACUUAAGAUCUGAGCUUUAUGGAACUACUGGACACAAGGGUUGGGUCUGGUGCUUAGCUUCAUGUCCUGAUGCUCCUAAUGUAUUGUGUUCUGGUGGUUGGGAUCAUGAACUCUGCGUCUGGGACCUACGAAUCCAAGAACUUAUGCUUAAGAUAAGUCGGAAGCACAAGGCGGCCAUUUUGGGUGUGGCAUUUCCUGAACCUACUCUAAUACUAACCAGCUCCUCUGAUAAAAAAGUGAGGAGUUUCGAUAUAAGAGCAGAACAGACCGACAAAUCAGGAGGAAGAACUAGCUAUACUCACGAAUUGGGCGAGAUUGGUACUCAUGCCAAAGCUGUCCUGUGUUUAGCUGCUAAUGGUCAGUAUGUGUAUUCGGGUAGUGAAGAUAGAACUUUGAUGUUGUGGGAUAUGAGGAAACCUAAUGAAGUUGUAGCAACGAGUAAAUAUGGAUCAUCAGUGACUGAUAUUUGUUUUAAUGAUGGUUUCCUUUCUAUUGCUACUGGGUCUGUUGUACAUUUCAUCAAUAAAGACCUCACUCCAAUCUCAAGUUAUCAAACCGAGCAUGUUAAUCAGUUAACUUCGGUUUAUCAUAAUCUUGGUAUGCUGAUUACUGGGUCCAAGGACAGAUCAGCAAUGAUCCACACUAUGACUCAACCUCAUUCAUGUCUUAAGACCAUCGAACACCUUCAAGAUGUCACUGAUGUUCAUUUCAGUUCUGGUUCUCUAGCUAUUUCUUCUUCAGAUAGAACAGUCUCUCUUUGGUCUCCUAAGAAGCAGCAGACUCUUCCCAGCUCCUCCUGACUGAUCAACAAUCAGUUUUAGCAAAAACUAUUUGAGAGUGUGUGGUUUGUUGAUGUUUUGAGAUUGUGACAGGCUUAGAGAUUUUAGCUUAUACCUCUUUUAUCUCUCUCUCUCUCUUAUUUAUUUUAAUAAAUAUGAUUCCAAUGGAGAAACUAA